UGACGAUGAAAAAAUAUGGAAAAGAAAUCCUUAUUUUCCUACAGUUUAAAAAUACUGUGCAAACUACCCUUAUUGGCUUGCAACGUACGCACCAUGAAAUUACCAUAAUUGACCCUCAUCCUCCUUAUUAACUUAUAGCUACUAUUAAGCUAUAGCUGCUGUCCAUCACUUGUCACUCAGAACUCCACCGUUAUUAUUUUUUUAUAUUCACCGCUGUCUAGGAAAUAUGGAAAAUAUUCGAAAAAUAAAGAAAUUGCAGGAAUAUUUGAUUAGGAGAAGAGAAAAGGGAAGAACCAUAAUCUGUUCAGCCGCAGACGCGUUCAGACUUUCAAAAAAUGGAUAACUUCGCAGGAAGUCACUAUUACCGUCUCAGUCGAACUCUCAUAUCUGCCAUUGGUCUUUGGCCAUUCAGUCGUACGAUAUAUACGAAAUUAUUGAACGUUGUCGUCAUUCUUCUUUUAUUAUCUAACGUAUUCAGUCAGUUGGUGAAAUUGAUAACGGCAAAAUUGAGUAUGGCACUGAGAUGGAAAGUAGUUUCCUGUAUCGCGUAUUCCUGCAUUUUCGUCGUCAGGUACAUCGGAUACCUCUAUUACAUUAAUGACGUAAAAUGGAUAUUCCAAAGAAUUGCAUACGAUUGGAAUUCGUUAAAAAAUGAAGCAGAGCUGCGAAUCAUUCACGAAUACACUAAAACCAUGAAAAUACUAUCAAUCGGUUUUGGACUGAUCCUUUGUCCAACGAUUCUAACAUUCUUUUUGAAAACAUUCAGCAAUAAUAUCUUGGAUUUUUUAAGUCCUAUGAAUUACACACGUCCACGGGUGCUCCCAGUGAUGGCGGAAUAUUUUAUUGACGAGGAAAAAUAUUUCUACUACAUAGCUAUUUACAUCAAUGUUAUUAUUGGUUUUGGAGGUCUAAGUGUUUUCGUCUCUGAAGUAAAUUCCAUGUCAAUAGUAUAUCAUAUUUGUGGAAUGUUAAAAAUUGUUUGCUACCGCAUAAAUCACAUACAUGUUUCAAACAUACCAGGAGUCUCUCCUGCGCAAAGGAGUAUGAUAAUUCACAAACAAAUAAUCUCAAUUGUGAAAUUACACACAACAAUCAAGCAUUAUGUCGAUUUUAUACAACUAAAGGUAAUGUCAUUGUACAACGUUUUUUGCGUUUUCGGUCUGAUUACGUUCAUUCUUGCUCUCUUUCAAUUUGCGAAAGCAAUGUCAACCAGAAACGACAUGGAGGAGUUGUUGGCAUCAUUAUGUAUUGUAAUUACCUCUGUACUUUACGCUUUUAUCGUCAUUCAUUUUGCCCAAAAAUUGACAGAUCAUAGCUCCGAUAUUUUUCAGCGUCUAUACAAUAUCGAAUGGUACGAUCUGCCAGUGGUGCAACAAAAAGUAGUACUCUUUCUCAUGCGAAACAGUCUAAAGGAUCUUACUUUUGUUAUUGGUGGUGUUAUAGUUGCGUCUCAUGAUAUGUUUACAAUGUAUGUUCGAACAGCCUUUUCGUAUUUCAUGGUUGUUUAUUCCUUUGAUUAAAAUGUUUAUCAAUUUCUCAUCAUCUCUCUUCGGAAAACUGGCCGCAUAUAAAUAUUUUCGACUGAAAAGUUUGUUGUAUGAAAUAAUAGAACAAGCUGUUUUUACAGGAUAUGUUUGUAUUAUUUUAAUUUUUAUCUCACUGAUAUCUUUAUUGCAAGACAUAUGUGUGUGAUGUGAUAAUGUGUAUAAUGAUAAUUCAAUUAAAUACAUGUUGCUAAAGUAGAACAAAAUUUCAAUAAAUAUACGAAGUACGAGCAUCAAUGGAAGGUUUAAAAUAGAAACACCUGUUAAUUAUACAUUCCCUUCCUGUCACCUUUGCACCGCUAUUUUACACCAUAUUCCUGAAUGUUCGUAAGGAAACCAU